AUGAUGGACGAAUUAUGCAAACAAAUUGGUGUCACACACCUGAAUUCAACACCAUAUCAUCCACAAACAAAUGGUCAAGUCGAAUGGUACAACUCGACGAUGGACGCCAAAAUAGGUGCUUUAUCAAACCUACGGAAGACAGAUUGGGAUGAUCAACUGCCAUUCGUUACAUAUAAUUAUAAUGCAUCGAUUCACUCAACUACAAGGCAGCUACCAUUCGAAAUGAUGUAUGGACGAUUGCCUAUAUUACCAUUUGAUAACCAAGAUGACAACGUUACAUUAUCAUAUGAUUCAACACACGUUAAUAAACUCAAUCAAUUCUUGUCGAAAUUAAAUGAACAAGCCAAAAUUAAUAUUAUUAGAAACCAAGAACGAUAUAAACAAAGCUAUGAUAUAAAUCGUGCUGAUCCAUCGUACAACAUUGGUGAUUUAGUUCUUGUUAAAACACUUAAUAUUCGUCACAAAUUUGAUAUUCGUUAUGAAGGACCAUUCAGAAUUAUCAAACAAUUCACACAAAAAACAUUUAUUAUCCAACACGUCAAGAAAUCAACAUUACAUCGUCAAGUUAUGACAGACGUGUUACUACCAAUAUUCGAACGAAUUUAUUAG